GAGACUGCGGCCGAUGGGCACCAACCGGCGCCACGAAGCGACUGCGCCAGGAGAAGAAAGAGAAGGCCUCUCUCUACGCCUCCUCCUCCUCCUCCUCACCUCGCCCAAACCCCACACGCGGAUCCGCGCUGCCUGGAAUUUGGUAACUGGAGGAGGAGAUCCAUGCUGCACGGCGCUGCUUCCAGCUGCUGCGCCACGCCCUGCCCCGCAGAGGGGAACGGUCUCCGUUCCAGAGAGAUAUUUACCUCCUGUGUCCUGCAGAACGUGAAUUGAAGUGUCUCGUCCCUGCCCACCACCAGAAUGAAGGGGCUAUUUCUAGCAGUUUGGUUCUUCCUUGUGCCGGCCAAAUGGGCAGCACCAAAGAACAGCAGUGGCAGGCCUGAGAUCCCCAACGAUUCCAUGGAUCAACCCAUCCUGAAUCCUCUGCACCCAAGCCAAGUUUCUCUAAAGGUGCUCCAAGACUAUCUGGAGAACAUUGGGCAGUUGAAUGCGGAUACUGCUACCAUGACAAGGGAACAGGCGCUCUUGCUUCUCUUUGCUCUUCAUGACUAUGACAAAAGUGGGCUCUUGGAUGGUCUGGAAUUCAUGAGACUGCUGAAUGAAUUGGUGUCCCAACAGGCAAAAGGACAGCCUGCACCAGACAUGGUAGUGCCAAUGGUGGACAGUAUCUUGGAGACUCAGGACUUCAACUGGGAUGGACUAUUGGAGCCUUUAGAGUUGUUUCUUCCUCCCCGGCAGGGAGAGACACCAAACUUCCUUACUGCUGUCAGUGAAGAAGAUGGUCAGGUCCUGUGGGCACUUCCUAAGCCGAAUGGCUUCCCAAGUCCCUCUGACCAACAAAGCGAUGGAGACUCCCCACCUGCACCAGAAGUUCAGGAACAAGACAUGAUGGGUGACCAAUUGUGGAGCCUGGAGAAGCAUGGGGGAGAGCUCGGCCAGGAAACCGCAGGAGACCCAGAUCAACAAGGGAAAGAGAUGCCUUCUGCUCCAGGAGAUUGAAAUACACCCUGUACAUACUUUAGAUGAUUAGCCAAGAAAUGAGAACUGGAGGCGAAUUUCAGGUCAAUUUCAGAAAUGGAAUGCAGAUAAUCAACCCUUUCCCAACAUUUCCUUCUGAGCAAACUAUUCUGGGUUUCCAAGUCUUCUCUUUACCAAAGCAAAACAGAAUAAGAUUCCCUGUUCAGUCAGCUCUGCACCCUGUUAUCUAAAGAGAUCCCUUUUCCAACUUUCAAGGGAUACAUACCCCAGAUCUAAAACUUGAGAAACAGAAGUCACAGUGGCUCCACUUUCUCCUCAGCACACCUGAGUGCAUCAUUCAGACAUGGAAACCUUCCCUCCCUCCCCCAGUACCCAGGACCACAGCCUUUCCAGGAGGUGAGGCUACGUAGGUAGGAAAGAUUUCUCUAAACUGAAAAGCCUGCCUCAGCCGGUUGUCUUCCUCAAUAGUCUCUCUCUUCACAGAGCAGGCUCCCGAUUCUAGAGGGUCUAUUUAGGGUCCCUUGCUCUGCCUUCCUCAAGUAAGAAGCUCUUGCACAGAGACAGGACAGAACUUACAAUUAUAAUUUCCCAGUCUGGCCAAGGAUUUAUCUGUGCAUUUCAGAUGACCAUUCUGGUCACUCUCUCAGCAGGUUCCUUUGGGGAAAAGCUUAUCCAACACUGCAGAAGGCAUCAUGUAUAUGGCCGUGGCAUUUAAAUUAGACUGCCCAUCUCAUAAAAGUGAAAUUAAAAGGAAAACCACAACCCAUGAUUUCCAAGGUUAAACUGGUAAAUUCCAAUCACGAAAGAACACAUCAGCAAAGCUCACCCAACCUCCUGGUUCAAAUCCUAGGGAAACAGCCGGAGAUGUGUACGCUUCUGUACUUCUCUUUUUUCAAAUCUGCCAAUAAAUCAUCUUCAAACUGAA